CGUUUCAUUUGAAAUCAUCAGAUUAACAGGACUGAAUGACUGUACUGAUAAUUUCAAUAACAAACAGCCAAAGGGCGUUAGACUUCUUAGUGGAAGACACAAUACCGGUAAAAUAGUGGUGGCAGAAAAUACAUGACAAAAUAAUUAUGUAAGUACUGAACGCAUGUGUAAGUAACAUAAAACAAAACAUUUAAAGGCAAUGGUUCUACCAAAACAUGUAAACAAACUUCUCAAAUCGGCUAGAGAAAUGAUUAUGUAAGCAAUAAUAAAAAAGACGUGGUUUGAGGUAGGCCUAUGCUCUGGCGAUAAGUCACCUCUGCAGUAACAAAUGGCAAGCGUGUACUGUUAGGAUUGCUGAUACGAGUGAUAUAUCGUGUUCUCUUUUAUUCCGGGAAAGAAAUCGUUCUGUGUCCCAAAGAUUCGACGCCGAGGAUUGUGUAUAUUUUAUCCUUGGUCAAUAGAAGUUUGAGAUACUGUGGCAUUUCAUGGUCGCAACAUCUGAGUACGUCUCUCGUCUCCGGUUUAGAGUUUAUCUUGUGCUUCUGGAAAAAAUAAAUAAGGAAAAAUCGUAGUGAAUUGAGUUGUUUUUCAGUGUAAGAAUGAAAUAACGUUUUCCCGGUCGCUGUUGAAAAACAAAGUGAGGAGAAGGAAGAAUCUGGAAGAUUAUUCCAGUCAAUAAAUGUAAUGCAUUAUUCCCAUUCCUAAAGGCAGCGUGUAAGAUAACAUUGCUCCGUUUGGAUACAGAAAGUGAAACUUGUGACCAAACUAGUGAUUUAAAUAUAGCACAAGAAAGUAUAUGUUCAAUAUCUGCUUAUUCACAAUCCUUUAAUAUAACAAACUCACAAGUCGAUUUCUACAAGGGCUAACUUCUUAAUCGCGUUAAAGCAAAACGCUUAGAUAAUUACCAGAGGAAUUUCAAGUGAAAAGCACUGUCCAGUGAUAAAAAAAAAUUCGUCAUCAAGCCAACCUUUCCCAAACUUUGUUUGUAAAAAAGUAGGAAAGGAAAAGUUGUUGAACGUGCCACCGAAAAAACCUCCAAUUUAGACCAUAUGCAUCACCCGACGUAGUCAAGGAAAGGGAAAAAUACCAACUUUGGAAUAUCCAACGCCGGCCAUCAAGGAGUCAUGAAAGGCAUGAGAAUUGCCUUUUGUGGCAGAGAAAGUGGCAUGGAAGUGGUGGAAAUGAUCAUCAGGAAAAUGACUGUGCUGGUAAUGGUUGGAAUGGUACUUAUGACGACAGUGUCUCUGCCACAGUCAACGGUAGCGGCCAGAGUGGAAG